GACUAGUUUCCUCACCCACCACACAAGAGCCCAGUACUACAAUACCAAUUCUCCCACGUACCACUCAAGAGACUACUACUACAACUGAUGUGACUGACAGAAUACUGGAAAGAGAUUACUCCUUUUCACCCACUUUUUCGCCAGAGAGCACGGAGGCAAUAUCUACCACCGAAUCACUAACUAUAGCUAAUAAAGCCGCUACCGAUUACAUAGCACCAGAAACAGAUUCCUCCUUUUUAACCACCUCUACGCCAGAGAGCAGUUGGGAAAUAUCUACCCCCGAAGCACGGACUACACCUGAUGAAGCAGGUGCAUAUUACACAACACUGGGAUCAGGUUAUUCCACUUUAAUGCCAGAGACUACUGGGACAGCAUCUACCCCUGAAUCACUGACUAUAGCCCAUAAAACCCCUUCAGAUUACACAACAUUGGAAACAGAUAACUCCUCUUCAGCCAUUUUCACACCAGAGAGCACUAGGGCUAUAUCUACCCCAGAACCACUGACUACAGCUAAGAAAGCACCAACUCCUCCACCUACCACACAAGAGCCCAGGACUACAAAUGUGUAAGAGACAAUACCUACAGGAAAUACUAUUCAUCAAACAAAAAAACUGUUCAGUUCCAAUUUAAAGCCUUUCAAUUUUUUAAUGGAUCCUCUACAGUGUACCUCCAGUGCAAAUUGGUGGUGUGCAAGGUGAAUGAUUAUUCUUCCCGAUGCUACCAGGGCUGUGUAACUAGGAGCAAGAGAGAGACAAGUUCUGACGAGGAAAAUGUGACAAUUGUUGGGUCAAUUAAGCUCAAUUAAAAGAAUUCCAGUAACUAAGAUGGGCAUAUUGUCAGUUUAACAUGAUGUUACUUCAAUUAUUUUUAACAUCAAAAGGAUUGGUUCAUUGCAUGCUUUCCCGCUGAGGAACACUAGUAGCAUUUUUACCAGUGUAGCAAACUCCUACGUCUACACUGGCAUGAUUUUUCCGAAAAUGCUUUUAACGGAAAAGUUUUCCGUUAAAAGAAUUUUCGGAA